GGCCUAGAGAUAACGCAUCAAUGGAAGCUCAUCGAUUAUCAUGUGAAAUUGGAGCAUUUCCGUUAGAAUCGUUGACGUACCCUGACCAUUGAGUGGCCUUUGAAAUUUGGAGCCUUUGGUGCAACGAAAUAAUCGAAUGUCGAUCCCUCUUUAGGGUCUCUCUUCCUUCCAAAGAACGACACGCCUGUUGGUUUUUCUUACCGGAACUGAAAAUCCGGUAAGGUUACCCGGCGGCGACCGUUCUGUCUUUUGCUAGUCAGGACUCGGAACUUCGGACUGCACGCACUUGCCGGAAUUUCUUAGUAGGGAGGUGGGUCUUAAAUAUAUCGAUUGGUUGGUUCCUCCUUGCCAAGUUGAGGUGAAAUCCUUUGGAUUUUGCGUUCGAAAAGAGGCAGCGAGUGGUGAAUAUUGUUUCGGUGGAGAAGAUGAGUGGUCAAGGAGGUCCUUCCAGGAAGAGCAUGACUCGGUCAUUCUCGUCAUCGCAGAUAAAGAAAAAAGCUUUGGAGAAUGGAAGCAGUGACGCCGGGCAUACAUCGAUUGCUUCAUCUCGUUCCAUGAUACGAUCUGCUGAGCGUACUGUAAAACACUUGCGGCUAUCAAAAGCCUUGACAAUACCUGAAAAUACUACCAUCAUUGAGGCUUGCCGUCGGAUGGCUGCUCGUAAAGUUGAUGCUUUGUUGCUCACGGACUCAAAUGCUUUACUUUGUGGAAUUUUAACAGACAAGGAUAUAGCUACAAGAGUCAUUGCUCGCGAGCUAAAUCUUGAGGAAACACCCGUCUCCAAAGUCAUGACAAGGAACCCAGUUUUUGUUCUUUCAGACACACUAGCUGUGGAAGCUCUGCAGAAGAUGGUGCAAGGGAAAUUCAGGCAUUUGCCUGUUGUGGAGAAUGGAGAGGUCAUUGCUUUACUUGAUAUAGCAAAGUGUCUAUAUGAUGCAAUUGCACGCAUGGAAAGAGCUGCUGAGAAGGGAAAGGCCAUUGCUGCAGCUGUUGAAGGAGUGGAAAAGCAUUGGGGGACUUCAAUCUCUGGUACUAACACAUUCAUUGAGACUCUUAGGGAGCGAAUAUUUAGGCCGUCGUUGUCUACUGUCAUUCCAGAGAAUUCAAAGAUAGUGACAGUCUCACCCACUGACUCAGUCUUAACUGCAACAAAAAAGAUGCUUGAAUUUCGUUUGAGCUCCGCAAUUGUAACUGUUGGGAAUAAACCUCGAGGAAUUCUUACUUCCAAGGAUAUUCUGAUGCGGGUCAUUGCACAAAAUCUUUCACCAGAGUCAACUCCUAUGGAGAAGGUCAUGACCCCAAAUCCUGAAAGAGCAACAGUUGAUACACCAAUUGUUGAUGCUCUGCAUACUAUGCAUGAUGGGAAAUUUUUACAUCUUCCUGUUGUGGAUCGAGAUGGAUGCAUUGUUGCUGUUAUUGAUGUAAUCCACAUCACUCAUGCAGCUAUAGCCACUGUGAGAGGCACGGGUGGUGGGGCUGGAAAUGAGACAGCCAACAGUGUGAUACAAAACUUUUGGGAUUCUGCCAUGGCAUUGGAACCUGUGGAUGAUGAAGAAGAGACACGGAGUGAGGGAUCAUUGAAAUUGACCUCUGAUGGAACAGAGACUGUGAGGUUUGCGUCUCUUAGUUCAUUUGGUUUGCCUAAUACCUUUGGCUUCAAGAUUGAAGAUAGAAAGGGCUGGAUGCAUAGAUUUAUCUGUGACACUCGAAGUUUGACAGAUCUUUUAACUUCCAUCCUCCAGAGGGUGGGUGGCGACAUUGAUUGGAACCAUUUGCCCCAAAUUCUGUAUGAAGACGAAGAUCAUGAUAAAGUUGUGAUUGCAUCAGAUGGUGAUCUUGCAGCGGCUGUGGACCAUGCAAGGCAGGUUGGUUUGAAGAGUUUGAGGUUGCAUCUAGAUUAUUCAGGGUCAGAUGGUCAGAGGCGUGGUGGCUCAGAAGGUUUUGAUUAUGCACAUAGAGAUGCAUGGGCUUCUGCAUACAGUACCGUUGCAGCAGGGGCUGCAGUCGUUGCUGGACUUGGUGUAUUAGCAUAUUUGCAGAGAUACAGUUCCUGAGUAAUCUCAGAUAUUCUGGUAUUAAGAAGAAUAGCCAGGAGCACACAAAGCUGUUUGGAAAAGCAGCUAAUGGUACGGAAGGGAUGCAUCUUCUAUAUUCACAAGGCAUGCAUCUAUGGAGGGGGAAUAGAGUAGAACAGAAAGAAGAUAAUGCCAAAUUUGGAUUGGCUG